AUGUCUAACAUGAUAUCCUCUACCUUCGCCCCUAGCCUUUCGCGCAGGGACACCAAAUCCAGUAUCAGCCAUGAUCCAGGGGUGGGGUCCAUCCCACCCCCGUUAACAAGUGGUGGAUCUCUAGGCCCCCAGAGUGCAGCAGCAAUUUAUCAACACAUCCAUGACAUGGCCGCGAAGCGAAUUUCAACCCUUGGUUACCUACGCAAGGCUCAUGAAGGCCGUAUAUACUGGUUUAAUACUGUUCACUUCUCCCGCAGUGACAUCGGUCGCCUCCCGUACUUUGAGCCGCGCAAACUUGCCCGUCGUGCUAUCAAUUACCUCCUCCUGGGUCUCUCCCUGCCGCCGAUUCUCGAUGUCAGCACCACGCCGGUUGAAUUCCUCCGCGCCCUUAAUACCCUCUUGAUAGAAUUUGAGGCCUUUCAACAAGUUCAUCCUCCAGAUGGCAUAUCCUCCUCCACUCUCGCCCGAGCCCGCAUUCCCCAGAUGUUCAAACGAGCCGCACACGCAGGCACCAAGGCGCGCCGUGCUAGUUCGGCCACAGAAAUCGGCUUGCCCAUGCAAUCCAGCGAUCCGUCAGAUCUGAAAGCAAUGGCAGGGAACUCGGCCAAUACAACAACAAUCUCAUUUCCGCAUACGGAAGCCUCGGAGCUGCUCCCUGGUGAGGAGUACUCCUAUCUUCUGACACCAUUAUUGCCGUUCGAGCCGGACUAUUUUGAAACCUUUGUCACAUUAUGCGAUGUUCUUAUCGAUUGCUACACGCGGCUGGUGUCGUUGGUUUUCACGCCCUCGGUGUGUAGCGUGGCAUUGGGGGAGAUGUUCUCCAAGGCAGAUGCGAAGAUCCGCAAGAUCAUGGUUGCAGGCAUUAUUCGCGAGUUUGAGGAUGCCAGUCGUCAUCAGGCCAAGAAUGAAAUCGCCGGUGUGGGCCGCGUGGGAUGUACACACAUGUCUAUAUCUAUACACGCAGAUCUCUGCCUUCUCAACACCUGA